UGUCCCGUGAUGUUGGCAUCAGGGAACAGCUCUUCUCAUCCUGUGUUCUUCAUCCUGCUUGGAAUCCCAGGACUGGAGAAGUCCCAAUUUUGGAUUGCCUUUCCCUUCUGUGCCAUGUAUGCUUUGGCUGUAGUUGGCAAUAUCACUGUCCUUCACAUAAUCCGAACGGACCACACCCUGCAUGAGCCCAUGUACCUCUUUCUGGCCAUGCUGUCUGUCACUGACCUGGUCCUCUCCUCCUCCACCCAACCUAAAAUGUUGGCCAUAUUCUGGUUUCAAGCUCACGAGAUUGAAUACCAUGCCUGCCUCAUCCAGGUGUUGUUCUUCAUCCAUGCCUUUUCUUCUGUGGAGUCUGGGGUGCUCAUGGCCAUGGCCUUGGACCGCUAUGUGGCUAUCUGCUUCCCACUCAGGCACUCUAGUAUCCUGACCCCAUCUGUAGUGAUCAAACUGGGGACGGUCGUGAUGAUGAGAGGGCUGCUGUGGGUGAGCCCCUUCUGCUUCAUGGUCUCCAGGAUGCCCUUCUGCCCCAACCAGGUCAUCCCCCAGUCAUACUGUGAGCACAUGGCUGUGCUGAAGUUGGUGUGUGCUGAUACUAGAGUAAAUCGUGCAUAUGGGCUCUUUGUGGCCUUCUUGGUGGUUGGCUUUGACAUGAUUGUCAUCAUUAUAUCGUAUGUGAUGAUUCUGAGGGCUGUGCUGCGGUUGCCCUCAGGUGAAGCCCGCCUCAAAGCAUUCGGCACGUGUGCCUCCCACAUCUGUGUUAUCUUGGCUUUGUAUAUCCCAGCCCUUUUCACUUUCCUCACCCACCGCUUUGGCCAUCGUGUGCCCCGAGUGGUACAUAUCAUGUUGGCUAAUCUCUAUCUACUGGUACCUCCCAUGCUCAACCCCAUCAUCUACGGAGUUAGAACCAAGCAGAUCAGGAACAGGGUUAUCCAAGGAUGUUGUGGAAAAGACCUCUGA